ACCCGGAAGUGAAAGCGCGUUCCAACGGCUGCUGUCAAAAUACAUUAUUUACCAAUUUCUGACCGUUUUAAAUCAGCCAGAUGAUGCUUUAACGUAUAAUCAAACUGUAGUCCACUGGCUCGGAAUGUACAGCGGACUCUUGCCCAAAGGUUUAACCGAAGACGACCUCAGCCCGGACGAAGAGGAGGAUGCUGCUGAGGAGGAGAGGGAAGGAGAGAAGCGUCGGGUCUCUGCAGAAAAGUUAAGCUCUGCGGGGGAAAACACCGCGGUGCCUCCGACGGAGGCUCCGUGGACUCACACCGCGAGUGAUGGAGGCAGUGAUCCCGCGACCAGCGGCAUGCCGGGGGUCUCCCACGAGAUGUGGCAGAAAUUCCAGGAUCUACGGAAGAAGAAUGACGAGAUGAAAACAAUAAAGGACCCCAGACGAAAAAAAAGAAGACGACAUAAGAAAGGAACAGAGAGUCAGCAACCCACAGAGACAAGCAGCGAGCGUCUGGAGGAGCGGGAGAAGCACUGGAAUGAUCUUGAGCAGCACUUUGGUGCAAACGAUCGAUUUGAUCCCCCCGCGUGUUCCAAACCCCCUCCGAAGUCCGGCCUAGAAAAGAGCAUAGAGACGGCCAUAGCUGAAGGGGACAUUGCAAAGGCGGAGGAGAUGAGCGACAGACUCGCCACUCGAGAGCUGGCCGUGAAAAUCGCUCAAGCUGCUGAUUGCCGUGACUUUGUGCGACGCAAACAGGAAGAGGACGCUUUGAGGGCAGCGCAGAAAAGGAAGAACCAAACAGCCUGGGGGUUCGAGGCUAAGAGGCGAUGGGAAACCAAAAGCAACAUGGGCUUCAUGUGACAAACACGGAGGAGAGCGACCGGAUGGUUUUAGUUUACUUUGCAUUCGAUAGAAACUGUUUUUUUAAUGAAAUGGCGAACUCUUUGUGUAUUUUGAAGACUUGAGUGUGUGUGGGGAUGCAGUCGCACAGUUGACUGAGGAAACAUCAAUCCAGGGGUACUAGAGGGAGAGAGGGAAAAUUAUGGCGCAUUGAAAUUAAUUCCUAAGGCGCCCGUUGGUGUCCGCAUUGUGCUAUUUUUCAUUACAUUUCAGUGAUUUGAGUGUUCUGCCCCCCCCCCCCCCCCUCUUUCAAAUUAAAUCUGGUGUACAUUACUGGAUGAUGCGUUUAUUUAUUGCUGUAAAGUGGGUUAAUCAUGAAGGCGCUUCUUUUCUUCUUCCCAGCGAGAGAAAGGAAAGAUUAGGGCCCUAAUGCAAUGUACAGGAUAAUGUGCGAUAGGAUUUGGGAGAAGAAAAUGAAAUUUGGCUGCUGUAAACAGCGUGUGAGCAGUUGUAAACUGGAAGUUUUGGGCGGGGGACGGCGGGGGCUGGACACGAAACGCAGGCUUUGCUGUUGGCCCUCGCCCAUGUCGGGAGACAAGCUAUUGUUCCUGGAGGCCCCGCGCCGCGUCUCCGAGCAGCUCACUGUGCCACCGGCUCUCUCCAGCAUCCGUAAACUCCUCGGUUCCUCUCGCCGACGCUUUGAUCUUUCUUUCCGAUCUGCCGCGUUUGCCUCCGCGGCCGCUCGCCCCCUUCGCUCAGAUUCCACAAAGUGUUAAUUGCAAACCGCAUGCAGAGAAGCACUAGCAUGAUAAUUACUUUUAUUCAUAAUGCCUGCUUCUGUGUUUUUUCUUUUUUCCAACCGUAGAAAAUGAUUGCUUUGCUUGGAGGUAAUGAGAAUUAAAAUGAAUCCCACCUAA